AUGGUGCCGUGUUUUCUGGCUAACCCGGUGUUGCGCUCCGCCUCCAACUCACCGUGGCUCGGGUUGUGGCCUUCCCGGGUGUCCGUUCCCGGCCUUUCUGACUCGGACAGAGAGUACGUGGGAGCCACGCUAACGCUGCCGGUGGUUCCGUGUUUUUACAAUCCGGCGCCAGAGCCUCAAAGUCAGAAGGAGAGCAGGAGGUUCAUCCUGGACAGGUCAGUGUUUGACUUGGUGGAAACCCACAUGUACCUGUCCCUGACCGAUUCCAGGCUGCUCAACUGGUACCUGAGUUUAUCUCCAGAGGACAGACGGAUUGUCCAAGCUGAAGGAGGCUUUCGUCAGUUCCUGUGCAGACAUCCAGCCUUAGAGAUGUCCAAACAUCACGUUUAUGUGAAAUUGAAUGAAGAACCUUCAGAAUACAGCGACGUGAACGUCAGCCAGACCAGCAGUAGUUCUGUGGGCUCAGAGAACGACCCCACAGAGGACAGGUGUCAGGACUACCUGCUGCAGAGGGACCAGUUCACUGAUGAAGAUCAGGCCAAGAACAUCCACAGCAUCAUGGAGGACGAUCAGAGCAUCCUGAUCUGUUCUCCUUCAUGUCUGAAGUCUGAUCCUCCUCAGGUCACCAUGAACCCCUCAGAGUUUGCCUGCCGUCCUACCUGUGAUGUUAGCGUUGGCACUGAGCUGCUGCUGAGGACUUCAAUCUUCACCCAAACCGAAGACCCAGAAACAGCCGACAAAAACGUCAUCACUGAAGUCCACAUGUCCGACCUGGACUAUGUGGCCGAGGUAAGACCAGAAACCCAACGUCUGAACCUAGGCGACUGUGACUGUACUGAGCGCGCUCAGAAAGCAGAGCUGAGCCUGUUGGCGCUGCAGUACAACAUCUGCAAACAUCACAUCUGGAGAUUCUUCUGGGAGGGAAAGCAGCUGAACUCAGUGAACAAAGAUCCUCCUAAAAACAUCGCAGAGGUUCUGGACAAACUGGACUCUGACUACCAGGAGAUGAAGCAUCAGAUCCUGGCUGGAGUUCCUCUGGAGCAGCUGAAGCCUCUUUCUGUGGACUCUGGGAAGAUAAUCUCAGGAAGUUACACACCUUUACAGACUGAGAAGAAAAUCAUGAAAACAAGAAGAGCUGCUACCGUGAUCCUGAAGGACGGACGUUUUCUGCAGAACAACAAGCAGGAAGGAAAUGAGACGGCUGCAGGUGAAGAGGUGAACAGAAGUGAGCUGUGGUUCGAUGCUGAGGAGGACCUGGAGCUUCCUGAGGAGGACCUGGAGCUUCCUGAGGAGGACCUGGAGCUUCCUGAGGAGGACCUGGAGCUUCCUGAGGAGGACCUGGAGCUUCCUGAGGUCGGACAGAACCCAGCAGCAGAACCAGCUGAUGUCCCAGAGGAAGGUUCACUUCUGUGGGUCUCCAACCUACCCAGUGAGGUCACCAAGAACGACGUGAUGCUGCUGUUGAAGGACUACGAGGCCUCAGAGGUCAAAAUUGCUGUACUGAAGGACGAUCAGAGGGUUGCCAUGGUGACGGUGAGCGGACCUCAGGCUGCUGAGGCUGCAGUGGAGGAUCUGGAUGGACGCCGGCUGAAGGACCACACUGUACAUGUGGAGCACAUCAGAGGGAACGAGAACCUCCAGGACCCCACCAGACCAGGACCCUCAGAGAACCUCCAGGACCCCACCAGACCAGGACCCUCAGAGAACCUCCAGAACCCCACCAGACCAGGACCCUCAGAGAACCUCCAGAACCCCACCAGACCAGGACCCUCAGAGAACCUCCAGAACCCCACCAGACCAGGACCCUCAGAGAACCUCCAGAACCCCACCAGACCAGGACCCUCAGAGAACCUCCAGGACCCCACCAGACCAGGACCCUCAGAGAACCUCCAGGACCCCACCAGACCAGGACCCUCAGAGAACCUCCAGAACCCCACCAGACCAGGACCAUCAGAGAACCUCCAGAACCCCACCAGACCAGGACCCUCAGAGAACCGACCCAGCAGUCCUGGAAGAACGCCUCUUAUCUCCAGCAGCAGAAGCAGGAUGGUGGUGUUCAUCUCACCCACUGCUAGACGAACCUGUGUUCCUCAGCACUAUGGCACCAUGGGCGGCUUCGACACGCUGAUGUCUGAGCUGCUGCAGCGCCACCCGGCGGUUGGCCAGCAGAAGAUCAUGGACGCUCUGGUAGAGCUGAGGAGGAAGCAUGCAGGCGUCCUGACCGGCCUCCCCCUGCAGACCAUCAGGGAGAUGACCUCCCAGCUCCUGACCAGGCCACAGACCGCCUCACAGAUCUGAGCUUCCGAAGGGUUGCUGUUACCAUGGAAACGUUAGAAAUGUUCUAAGCAUCACAGCCACUCUAGUUAUCCUUUGUACCAAUGUUUCCCUCGGGGGUUAUUGUCUGACUUCAUCCAGGUAGCAGCAGAUAGUUCAAAAGCCACAGUUGAUCUUUUUAUUUGGCUGCUUGGUCAAAGACAGAAUUUAGUUUGACGUAGUUUUGGUCAAUAAUUAUGUAUGACAGAGCUUUUGUUUGUAUUUUGUCCUGAGUCAAUAAAAAGGACAUUUGCA